CCUAGUCCUCAAAGUUUGAGAGGAGGGGGCGGAAGGGAGCCAAUCGCUUCCCAGCAACUCAUCCGCGCGAGGCUUGCCGGGGGGCGCCGCUUAUUUCCUAGCCGGGAUCCUCUGGGUACAGACCGGCGCGCCAGACGCGUCAGCCUGCAAUCUUGCGGGCAGAUCGCGCUGCAGCCAAGAGCGCGCCGGUCAAAGCGGCAUCCAGAGAUCGUGUGGGAUUGCGAGCUCCUUUUGGGCUGUGCCUGGUGCUUGGCUCGCGCGUGAAGGAGCGAGAGACAGAGAACUGGCGUCGGGGAAAGCUCAAGGCAGCUGCAAUCUCCGCUCCGCUUAGCUGCUGCUGAGCCAGUCAUCAGAUCCCGUUGCGCGCAGGCGGUGGAAGGGAAAAGGCGCCCUGAACGUCGCCCAGCAACCUCGCGCGCUCUCUAGGACGCACCGGUGCCCCUCGCCCGCCCUUCCCAUCUCUCGCGCUCCGUCUCCCUCGACCUCUCCAGAAAGGAAGGGCCGCUUCCCGGAGGGCAGAGCAGGGGGCGCCGCUGAUCUCUGCGCCUGCGGAGGGAAGGAGCUGCAAGGGGCGGAGUGGUUGCCUGGUCGACGAGAGCAAGAAGCGCAGCCGCGGAGGAGGAGGAGCGUCGAGGAAGAGGCGGGCAAGCCCGGAGCCCGUCUGCCAGCGGGACUCCAGCUCUGCCUCGAAGGCGCGCACAGGCGAGACCCUUGUGCGUGAGGAUGCGGCGGGCGAGCGGCGGGCCGAGGCCGUAGUGGCUGUCCCGGGACUGCCAUCGAGGCUGCGCUCCCUGGCUUGCGCACCCGCCCGCCUUCCCGCCGCGCGCCUGGGCCCUCUUAGCGCGCCAUGAACGGCUACGGCUCGCCCUACUUAUACAUGGGCGGCCCGGUAGCGCCUCCGGCGAGGGCGCCCCUGCAGCGGACGCCCAAAUGCGCGCGCUGCCGCAACCACGGCGUGCUGUCGUGGCUGAAGGGCCACAAGCGCUACUGCCGCUUCAAGGACUGCACGUGCGAGAAGUGCAUCCUCAUCAUCGAGCGGCAGCGCGUCAUGGCCGCGCAAGUGGCGCUGCGCAGGCAGCAGGCCAACGAGAGCCUGGAGAGCCUCAUACCCGACGCCCUGCGCGCCCUGCCCGCCGCUGCCGCCGCCGCGCCCGGCUCGGCCGGGGCCACGACCACGGGGCACCCCGGAGUAGGAGCAGCAGCAGGAGCCGCUGCAGCCGCCGUCGCCCCCUCGGAGGGACCCCCAGGCACACCGCAUCGCCCACCGAUGGAGCUGGCCGCCGCAGCCCUCCGCUGGGCUUCGGAGCAGCCCGCCGCCGUCCAGCCGCCGCAGCUCCCCAAAGCAGACAUGACCGAAGAUCGACUGGGGGAUGCCAGCGGAGUGGACAGUGCCGAGACCUACAGUGACAAAGACGCCGACCAAAGGAGCACCCCAGACUUGACAAAAGCCAAGAGCGGUUUUGCUCCAGAGAGCCCAGAGAUUGUGUCCGUGGAUGAAGGAGGCUACGCCAUCCAGAAAAACAGCGGCAGCACCGACAGCAGGCCUGAGAGCCCCAAGUACCAGCCAGAGCCAAACCACCUCCUGAUCGAAGGUCCGUCAGGGACAGUUUCUCUGCCUUUUGGCUUGAAAGCCAACCGGCCACCCCUUGAGGUGUUAAAAAAGAUAUUUCCCAACCAAAAGCCAACCGUGCUUGAAUUAAUCUUGAAGGGCUGUGGGGGUGACUUGGUGAGUGCGGUUGAGGUUCUUCUCUCGAGCAGGUCCUCCAUAGCUGGGGGGGACCGAACUUCUGCAGAAUCAGAAGGUCUGGUUUUGCCUUCAAAUGGACACCUCUUUGAACACACGUUGGGUUCGUAUCCCAUUUCUUCCUCCAAGUGGUCUGUAGGGUCUGCCUUCAGAGUUCCAGACACCCUGAGGUUUUCUGCUGACGCUAGUAAUGUUGUGCCCAAUCCGUUGGCUGUCCCCUUACAGCACCCGUUCCCACAGCCACCUCGGUACCCGCUGAUGCUGAGGAAUACUUUGGCAAGAAACCAAUCCAGCCCGUUUCUGCCCAACGAUGUCACUUUGUGGAACACCAUGACGCUGCAGCAGCAGUACCAGCUGAGGUCUCAGUAUGUCAGCCCUUUCUCCACCAAUACCACCAGCGUCUUCCGAAGUUCUCCAGUGCUUCCUACGCGGCCGUCAGAAGAUCCCAGGAUCUCCAUCCCUGACGAUGGAUGCCCAAUUGUCUCCAAACAGCCUAUUUAUACAGAAGACGACUAUGAUGAAAGAUCGGACUCCUCAGACUCUAGAAUACUAAACACAUCCUCUUAGAACGACAAUUUACAAUGAUAUUUAGCAAUGUGGCAGAACUAAUGGGUAUCAAGAGGAAGGAAUGACGGCCCUUGUUACUGUAUUAUUAAAAAAAAGUGAUUUUGCUUGUUACUAUCCUUUAGCAAUAAAGACAUAACUUAUUUUAUUUCUUGCACUUCACUGGAAAAUGCCAAAUAGCUACCACUUCAUGGCUUUAGUGCUGAAUGUUUAUUGCAGAAAAAAGGGGGGGAAGAUUAAUUUUAAGCAUAGAUGUGAGGAACCAGGGAUUGCAGAACAUUUUAGAGUGGAGCAAAUAAGUCUUGCCUUGCAGACAGUUGGGAAUGUUGAUAUUGUACUUGAAUGCAGUGUUUGAGAAGAGGACUCCUCAGGACAUAAGAUAUCAAAAGCAAAUAAUUCAUUGGCAAAUGGACUUAAGAAGGACCUUGUUGACUUUAUGACAAUAAUCACCCUGGUUUGAAAACCAAGAGUCAUGAAAGACUGGCCAAGAGUCUGCCGCUCCCGUGCAAUGGAAGCGUGCACACUUUUUGGAGACACCUUCAACACGAUUCACAUGGCUAGAUAGAAACCUGUAUAAUGUCAAUGGAAAGUCAAAUACAGCUGUGAGUUGCAUGAAAAUGUCUUGUGAGAAAUGAGCUCAUGAUUAACAUUUGUUGGGGUAUUGUAGCAUGCUAAGGAUUCUAGGGGGGGAAAUAAACUUGGAUGAUGAUCUCGA